AAGGGCGUGAUACUUGUCUGCUACCAUGAUCAACUACAUUCUGCUUGUAUCACGGCAAGGCAAAGUCCGUUUAGCAAAAUGGUUUACCACUAUGUCUCCCAAAGCAAAGGCAAAGAUCGUGAAAGACGUUACGCAGCUGGUUCUCGCUCGUCGGACACGAAUGUGUAACUUCUUGGAAUAUAAAGAUACAAAAGUCGUCUAUCGGCGGUAUGCAUCACUAUUCUUUGUUUGUGGGAUUACAUCGGGAGACAACGAGCUUGUGACAUUGGAAAUUAUCCAUCGUUAUGUGGAGGUUCUGGAUCGCUAUUUUGGCAAUGUCUGCGAACUCGAUCUAAUAUUCAACUUCCAGAAAGCAUAUGCUAUCUUGGAUGAACUUAUAAUAUCAGGCGAGCUUCAAGAAUCGUCAAAGAAGUCUGUGCUACGAGUAGUUACGCAGUCGGAUGGUGUAGAAGAACAAGAGAACAGCGAAGAUACGUUGGCUCGGUUAGGAUCAAGAAGUGGUCUCUUGAUAUCAUGAAAAUGUAUCCACCAGUGCAUACAUCUAUCUGGCCAACACUCAUCAGACGUUCGGCCUAUUACAAGAACUUGUUCAAUCACGACAUCGGUACAGCAUUGGCACUUAGAUGGGUGGGGGCUGUAACGAUCUUUCUUUCUAUCGUUCUUUUUGCCAAAAAGGUGAUACAAUCAUGGAAUUAGUUACUACGUAUAUGUAUCCUUGUC